GGAACGAUUCUCAUAAAAUUAUGAUUCUGUCACGUUUAUUAACCCUAGAGUCACUCCGAAGGUGAUUUUUUUUCCUGUGGAGAAUGAAAGGAUGAAUUUCUAAUCUAAGUCUUUUUCUAAUACACGCGCACUUCGUCGAAGUCUUCUGAGAACGAGAUGUAAGACGAAUGACUUCAGAAGACUGGAAGUAUAAGUCAUACAGAGCGCUGUUAUGAUUCUAUUAUAUCAUUUUUUCAGCUGUACAUCCAUCAUAUGAACGGCAUGAGGAUUCUUCAGAAUGUCUGCGUGAUGUUUUUGCGGCAAUAUUUUUUAGAUUUUUAAAAUGUGCCUUUAGAGAAUUGAUUAGGAAUAUCUCCACGCGCCCCUAAUUACAAUAAUUAUGCGCAUUAUGUUAACAUCGUUAAAAAGGUGUUUAUAACAUGACUAAUGUUUGACAUGCAGUCUGGUCGUGUUCAGAGGAAGCGUUCGGAGAACAAUGCUCUUGAACAUUUAACUAAUCUGAAAGUUUUUGUAAUGGUUCCAAAACCAGGCACAGAAACAGCGUUUCCGAAUUUUAGCAAAACGUUUAUUCCGCAGCUGCGCGCGCUCCUGACGCGCACUAGAAAUACUGUCUAGGUAGGAAGAACACUCGGUUUCGGGACAGUGACUGAUGCUCUUCCAGCUCACGGACACGUUUACCGAAAGGCGUCGGGAUGAGCAUCACCGUCUCUCCUCCACCGAGUCACCGGGAACGCGCGCUCCCGCGUGCGCUCACCUGAGGCGGUGGUGCGCGCGCGCGCUCAGGUGAUGCAACAGAGCCCACGCGAGGCACCCAACACACGGGCUCGCGACGGUCUUCAGGAGCAGAGGAUGACUGGAGAUGGAGCCUCGGAGCGCGUCUGAGGGGUUCGAGGGAGACGCGUCUGAAGAUCGUUCCUGAACCCAGAACCCAGCCGGAACGCGUUCCCACAGACCAGCGCGAGGAACGCGUGAGGAGCAGCAGAGAACCCGCUUCAGACCAUGCAUGGAUCCGUCUCGUGGAUUUGAGUGUUCUGGGGGAAUAUCUCUGUUUGUUUGCGCUCGUUUAAACGCGCCGGAGCGCGAUGAUAUCUGACAGGUCGUUCACCGAGAGACUCGUUCAGGAUCAGCUCGACGCGUCCAACUUUAAUGACACAGAUCAAGGUGGGUCAAAAGCCAUGACAUCAGAGGAGGAGGGGCCUGCUACCGUGGGGGCGGAGCCACACGUGGACCCGUGCGCCUCUCCUGGAUGGGAUGAGCCGGUUGAGGAAGAGGCGGGGCCCGUUGAGCAGGAAGAGGCGGAGCAGGUGCAGGAAGUGGCUGAUGAUGUCAGCAGUGAGUUAAGUGCUCUGGUGGUCCCGUACCCAGAACUAGUGCCCAUCGUCUUCUUCUGCCUCAAACAGACCACAUGUCCUCGCAGCUGGUGCAUCCGCAUGGUGUCCAGCCCGUGGUUUGAGCGGGUCAGUAUGAUGGUGAUCCUGCUGAACUGUGUGACGUUGGGGAUGUACCAGCCGUGCGAGAACAUCGACUGCUCCUCCGAGCGUUGCCAGAUCCUCCAGGCCUUUGAUGCCUUCAUCUACAUCUUCUUUGCUCUGGAGAUGGUGGUAAAGAUGGUGGCUCUGGGGAUCUUCGGCCGGCGCUGUUAUCUGGGCGAUACCUGGAACAGACUCGACUUCUUCAUCGUGAUGGCUGGGGUGGUGGAGUAUUCCCUGGACCUGCAGAACAUCAACCUGACGGCCAUCCGAACGGUCCGAGUCCUGCGGCCGCUCAAAGCCAUCAACAGAGUCCCCAGCAUGAGGAUCCUGGUCAAUCUGCUGCUGGACACACUGCCGAUGUUAGGAAACGUGCUGCUGCUCUGCUUCUUCGUCUUCUUCAUCUUCGGCAUCAUCGGCGUGCAGCUCUGGGCUGGACUUCUGCGAAACCGCUGCUAUCCGGAGGAGAACUUCACCCUAUCAGCAGGCGUGGGGCUCCCUGCUCCCUACUACUCUCCCGACGAGGAGGACGAGAGGCCCUUCAUCUGCUCUCUGCCGCAGGAUAACGGCAUCAUGUCGUGCAGUGACGUGCCGGCGCGGCGUGUGGCGGGUCACCGGUGCUGUCUGGACGUGGAUGAUCUCCUGCACCAUCAGGCGCUGGGCCUCGUGACCGAGCCCUUCCUCAAUGCCAGCGCCGUGGUCCCCGGGCUCUGUGUCAACUGGAACCGGUACUACACCCGCUGCCACACCGGACACAGAAACCCCCACAAAGGAGCCAUCAACUUCGACAACAUCGGAUACGCCUGGAUCGUUAUAUUUCAGGUUAUUACUCUGGAGGGCUGGGUGGAAAUCAUGUAUUACGUCAUGGAUGCGCACUCAUUCUACAACUUCAUCUACUUUAUUCUGCUGAUAAUAGUCGGCUCGUUCUUCAUGAUAAACCUGUGUUUGGUCGUCAUAGCGACUCAGUUUUCAGAGACCAAACAGCGCGAGCAUCAGCUGAUGCAGGAGCAGCGAGCCGCCUGUCUGUCCUCCAGCACGCUGGCCUCUCUGGCCGAACCCGGCGACUGCUACGAGGAGAUCUUCCAGCUCGUCUGCCACAUACUCCGCAAGGCGCGCCGACGCACCGCUGCCUUCAUCAGGACGCUCUGCUGUAAACCACCGGAGCCGACGCAUGAGAAAACAAAGAUCAACGGAGGAGAGAAGAGCCUCCAGCAGCAUGAUAGAGACACGACUUCUGCCUCAGCGGCCAAUCAGGAGACAGAGGAGGAGGCAGAUGAGGAGACGGAUGGGUGCAAUAGGGUGGAGGGGGCGUGUCGGAGGCGGAGCCGAGAGCUGUGGAUGGAGAUGAGGGUUAAACUGUGGGGCAUCGUGGAGAGUAAAUACUUCAACAGAGGAAUCAUGGUGGCCAUCCUCAUUAACACCAUCAGCAUGGGCAUAGAGCAUCAUGAGCAGCCGGAGGAGCUCACUAAUGUUCUGGAGAUCUGUAACAUCGUCUUCACCAGUAUGUUUGCUCUGGAGAUGAUGCUCAAGCUCACGGCAUUCGGUUGCUUUAAUUACCUGCGCAAUCCAUACAACAUCUUUGAUGGGAUCAUCGUGAUCAUCAGCGUGUGUGAGAUCGUGGGUCAGUCUGACGGCGGUCUCUCGGUGCUCCGCACCUUCCGGCUGCUGCGGGUCCUGAAGCUGGUCCGGUUCAUGCCGGCGCUGCGCAGACAGCUGGUGGUUCUGAUGAAGACCAUGGACAACGUGGCCACGUUCUGCAUGCUGCUGAUGCUCUUCAUCUUCAUCUUCAGUAUUUUGGGAAUGCAUAUAUUCGGCUGCAAGUUCAGUCUGAAGACGGACACCGGAGACACGGUCCCGGACAGAAAGAACUUUGACUCUCUGCUCUGGGCGAUCGUCACUGUGUUUCAGAUCCUGACUCAGGAGGACUGGAACGUGGUCCUGUAUAACGGCAUGGCCUCCACGUCUCCUCUGGCGGCUCUGUACUUCGUGGCUCUGAUGACAUUUGGGAACUAUGUUCUGUUUAACCUGCUGGUGGCUAUUCUGGUGGAGGGAUUCCAGGCUGAGGGUGAUGCCAAUCGUUCAUACUCUGAUGAUGAUGAUGAUGAUGAUGAUGAAGGAUCUUCUUCUAAUGGAAGUGAACAGCACAAAAACUCGCUCACGUUCUCCGAUCCCAAGCUGUCGUCUCUCACUCCUAAUGGACAUCUGGAUCUGGCGCCGCUGGCAGAGGAGAAGACCAAGACCGGCUUCUCCGAGGAGAACCACCGGAGCAGAACCAUCUGCCUGGGCAGGAGAUCCUCGUCUCUGCGUCACAGCCGCAGUUCCCAUUACCACCACUGGGGGCGUGCUCCUCCUCAGCCGUCCUGGAGCCGGCGGUGCAGCUGGAACAGCGCGGGACGCUCCGGCCGUGGUCUGAGGACUGGAGGGGUCAUCGGAGGGAGCUUACGGGUCCGCAGCGUUCACUCGCACCCGGCCGAACACGAGUCUCUCCUGCCCCAGCCUCCCUUCCUGUCACGCAGACACCGCCGAGCUCUCUCGCUGGAGCUGCCCGAGCUCCUGCAGCGCCCCCCGCUGCUCCGGAAGAAGAGCGUGUCUGCUGAACACCAGGACUGCAAUGGGAAGGGCCCGGGCCCUCAGGGGACGCUGCUGGGAGAGGUUUAUCCACAGCUCAAUGCACGCAAAGACAAGAACGACCUGGAGGAAGACACUGAAUACAGCCUCUGCUUCCGUAUCCAGAAGAUGAUGGAGGUCUAUCGUCCAGACUGGUGUGAGAAGAGAGAGGAUUGGUCCAUUUACUUAUUCUCUCCUCAGAACAAGUUUCGUCUGCUGUGUCAGACGAUCAUCGCUCAUAAGCUCUUUGAUUAUGUAGUUCUGGCUUUCAUCUUCCUCAACUGCAUCACAGUGGCUCUGGAGAGACCCAGAAUCCAUCAGGGCAGUCUGGAGCGAGUCUUCCUCACCAUCUCCAACUAUGUUUUCACUGCCAUCUUCGUGGCCGAGAUGACCGUCAAGGUGGUGUCUAUGGGUCUGUAUCUGGGCGAUCGGGCGUAUCUACGCAGCAGCUGGAACGUUCUGGACGGCUUUCUGGUCUUCGUGUCUCUGGUUGAUAUCGUGGUGUCGAUGACGGGCGGAGCGAAGAUCCUGGGUGUCCUGCGGGUGCUCAGACUGCUGAGAACAUUACGGCCGCUCAGGGUGAUCAGUCGAGCUCCGGGUCUGAAGCUGGUGGUGGAAACUCUGAUCACGUCAUUGAAGCCCAUCGGAAACAUCGUCCUCAUCUGCUGUGCUUUCUUCAUCAUCUUCGGCAUCCUGGGAGUUCAGCUCUUCAAAGGGAAGUUCUAUUACUGUGUGGGUUUGGAUGUGAAGAACAUCACUAAUAAAUCCGACUGUCUCUCUGCCAAUUACCGCUGGGUUCAUCACAAGUACAACUUUGACAACCUGGGGCAGGCUCUGAUGUCACUGUUUGUGUUGGCGUCUAAAGAUGGAUGGGUAAAUAUCAUGUACCACGGGCUGGAUGCUGUCGGGAUCGACCAGCAGCCCGUCAUCAAUAACAACCCCUGGAUGCUGCUGUACUUCAUCUCCUUCCUGCUGAUCGUCAGCUUCUUCGUCUUGAACAUGUUUGUGGGUGUGGUGGUGGAGAACUUCCACAAGUGCCGGCAGCAUCAGGAGGUAGAGGAGGCUCGGCGGAGGGAGGAGAAGCGGCUGAAGCGUCUGGAAAAGAGGAGGCGCAAGGCUCAGCGGCUGCCGUAUUACUCCUCGUACGGUCGCAUUCGGCUGAUGAUCCACUCGUUCUGCACCAGUCAUUAUCUGGACCUCUUCAUCACCCUCAUCAUCUGCAUCAAUGUGGUCACCAUGAGCCUGGAGCACUACAACCAACCACAGUCGUUGGAGACAGCUCUGAAAUACUGCAACUACUUCUUCAGCUCCACGUUUGUGGUGGAGGCCACGCUGAAGCUCACAGCGUUCGGCUUCAGGCGCUUCUUUAAAGACAGAUGGAAUCAGCUGGAUCUGGCCAUCGUUCUGCUGUCUGUGAUGGGAAUCACUCUGGAGGAGAUUGAAAUAAGCGCUUCACUUCCCAUCAAUCCCACCAUCAUCCGGAUCAUGAGGGUCCUGCGCAUCGCCCGCGUUCUGAAGUUGUUGAAGAUGGCCACAGGAAUGAGAGCGCUGCUCGAUACCGUGGUGCAGGCGUUACCGCAGGUGGGGAAUCUGGGCUUGCUCUUUGUUCUUCUGUUCUUCAUCUACGCCGCGCUCGGAGUCGAGCUGUUUGGAGAACUGGUGUGUAAUGUUGAAUACCCGUGUGAAGGCAUGAGUCGUCACGCCACUUUUGAAAACUUCGGGAUGGCGUUCCUGACUCUCUUCCAGGUGUCUACAGGAGAUAACUGGAACGGCAUCAUGAAGGACACACUGCGCGAGUGUCCGCCGGGCGACAGCUACUCGUGUAACUCCAGCCUGCAGAUCAUCUCGCCCAUGUACUUCGUCAGCUUCGUUCUGACCGCUCAGUUCGUCCUGAUUAACGUGGUGGUGGCCGUGCUGAUGAAGCACCUGGACGACUCCAACAAAGAGGCUCAGGAGGACGCGGAGAUGGACGCGGAGAUCGAGAUGGAGCUGGCGCAGGGCGGGCUGUGCUGUCUGGGCCGUCUGGACCGUCCGGCCGGGGCCGAUGGAGGCUGCGGGACCAGACCGGCGGUGAUGGCUGCGGCUCACUCUCACAGUAACACUAACAGCAGCCAGAACCAGAGGAGGCUCUACUCACCGGCUCAGGAGAACCAGUGGCUGGAGAGCGUCUCUCUGCUGAUGAAGGACUCGUUGGAUGGAGAAAUGCAGAUGAUUGAUAAUCUCUCAGGAUCUGUGUUCCACCAUUACUGCUCUCCACCAAUCAGACGAGACGACAGGAGCCAAUCAGGAGAGAUCCGUCUGGCGGAGGUCGAGCAAACGUCUCUGAUGUCGGAGCAGCUUUCAGAUAAAUCCUCCUCACUGGCGCUGGCUGAUGACAUCAGCCUGGACGAGCACAGCGACUACCAGCUGUUGAACAGGGACCGGAAGGAGCACGGCAGCGCUGACCUGAUCUCCGGCAGACUCGUGUGCAGGAGAUUUCUCUCUCAGAGCGAAGCGUCCAGUCCGGGGCGAGACAGACGGGAUGUUCGGUGUGAGACGGGUCACCGGCGCCGGUCUGCAGCUCGCUGCGGAGAUGGCAGUGGAGGAGACGGCCAGACGUCUUCACCUCUCUUUCAUCUCCCGGCUGAGUUCUUCCACCCCACCACCGCUGCGAUUCCCCAGGGCAGCCCAGCCACCGGAACGACCCAGCCGGGCUCCAGACAUGCAUCUCCAGCCUCUUGGGCUUCUCUCAGGUCCCCAGGGGCCAACAGCAGGGUCAUAGGCUCUCAGACAUCCCACAGUACCUCGUCGCUGGCCACGGGAAGUUCAGCAAGCAGCCUGCAGACCAUGCUGGAGGAGGGCAUCUCCUCAUCAGGAGACCCUACCCUACCCUUGAUCUGCCGAACCCACGUCCCUCCUCCAGAACUCAGCCAGAGAUCUCACGCUCCACAGACUCUAUUCAACCUCCAGGCCACCAGAGGGCGCCACAGGAAUCGGAGCAGAUACAGUGACUGCACAAACCCUAACUGGAUCCGACAGGACCCCUCUAAUGAGGACACUGGAUCUGGGGUUAGGGCCGCAGGACCUAGUAAUCCGGAACAGUUAUCGGAUAAUCUGAGUAGCUUCUCUUUGACAUCUCUGCACCCACCUGAUUCGCUGCCACUGCCGCUGGCCAAGAAGUGCAACAGCACUGGAAGUCUAGCACAGGGGAGCCUAGCGAUCCAGAAUAAGGAUGGGAGGUGCAUGUUGGGGUUUGAUUUCUGUACUGAAGCAACGGGUGAGGAAACUGAGAGGGAUUUGUCCACCGUUGGCUCCAAGACGUGCAGCCAGACUGUUGGUUCUGGCUGCCGUAAGAACAGAUGAAAUGCACGUGUUUGGUCCAGUGUUUGGUCUUUUCUGUGAACUAGUCUCCAUGUUUAUCUCCAAUGACACAAACCUGUUCCUGUCGUGCUACUGACCAGCUGAAGCUCACAGACACAGCGACACGGUGUCUUUUCUUCUUCAGGGCAUUACAUUUACACUGGACGUCUCGGGGGAGAUGCAGUCGUCAUGGAGUAGCGUAGAACAUUGUGGAACUGACUACAUUCAUUCCUAGACAAAACAGACUAAGAACCUCACCAGCCGGAGUGUGUAGCGAUCUGUAGGUGACACCGGGCGUGUAGCAUGUGACACGUUCAACGCAGAAAGGUGCCGUGCAAUGCUGCGUUCAUGUCAUGUCGAAAUUACUGCCAUUAUGAGUGCUGUCUUUGAGAAAGUCAUUUUCUUCUAAUAGCAUCUUGAAACACUGUGGAGGACAUGCCUUUUUUUCCUCAGAGAAAAUUGUUGGCAAAUUGUCUUGUUUAAAGCAUAAACUUGACUAAAUUUAGCUUGUCAUGUUUUCCCCAAGGAUGUUUCGAUGCUUGUACUGGGAAACGAGACAAAAUACUGAACAAGAAAAGAAGUACAUCUGAUAGUGUACAAGUACUAUAUUUGAUGAGGAAUAUGUGCUUUCUUUGUUUUUGUAUCAGUGUGUGGAUGUGGAUGUACUUCAUGUUUGUUAUGUGACCUAUUGAGCCAGUUGCGUCGCUAUAAGUCGAAUCACCUUAAUAUAGCUCUUUAUGCAAUACUGACUGUGUCAAAGCAGCUUUACAGUGCUAGCAGUCUGUCGAUAAUGCAAGAGGGCAAUGACAAAGAGUCAUAUUUCCAGCUAAAGUCAAUUCAACGAUGAUUCAGUUAUGGCAUCAUCAAGUUUAGCUCUCUUCCAGUAGUGUCUGUGCAAUCGGUCUAGCGUCCCAAACUAAGCAAGCCAAAGCUGACAGUGGCAAGGAACCAAAACUCCAUGGUGACAGAAUGGAGAAAAACCCUUGGGAGAAGCCGGGCUGAGUCAGGGGCCAGUUCUGCUCUGGCCAGAUGAAACCAGCAUGGUGUGGCUUUAGUGCCAUAUAAAAUUACUCUGCUGUGGCCUCAUGGGAUAGCAAUGUGUCCACUAGCUGAAGGUCAGGCAGGUACUUUGUGCUGUUUUAUGAAUUUUAACAUACUGCUCAUUUCAGAUACUGUAUUAAAAUAGGAAAAUAGGCAUAUUCUGAAGCACUGGAUGGACUUUUAACAGGAAAGCUCUUGCAUUAAAACCCAAAACAGGUCAUUUGGUACCUAUAGUAUAGAGUGAUGCAGCAGAGAUGUCAAAACCCAGAAGGUUAAUUCACAUGUGGUUCUUAAUUGAAAUUUUAUUAAUGCGGGACAGUUUAAAAGUCUGAAAAUGAGCUAAAGAUACACAUUAAAGCAUCAUUAAACUCAUUGUUGAUCUAGAAGCGCAUAAUUUCUGCGUCGGUGUUCAGAUCUCGUGCAGUAAUUCUGACGUGACGUGAGCGUGGCGUUAGAACGCCGUCUUUUGCUUUAUUCUUACGUGGGAGGAUUGAGUUUUAGCAGCCGCCCACAGAUCAUUAGAGCUGCAGGGUGAGUUUAGAAACGUGUGAUGGUAGUUAGGAAUAUUGACUUGACUGAGGAAAUAUCUGAAGCCCAAACCACGACACGCACUGAAUGCUGGACUCUGCAGGAUGAUUGAGGAUCUCGUAGGGUUUGUUAUUGGAUGUUCUGUGUUUUAGUGUAAUGAUGGUGGAAGCAGAAACAUGAGCUCUGAUCCUAAAUCCAGUGAGAAGCCCAGCUAGAAAACAUUGCAGUUUUUAUCACAUUUAUCAUCCAGAAGACAGCCGUAAGAUCCCCUAGCAUACGUGUAGAUGAACAUGCGUCCCAGCAGAUCUUUAUUUUUUGAGACAUGCAUGAGUUCUUGGAAAGCAUUUAUGCAUUUUUAUGUCCAUGAUGUUGAGCUGGUGUUUAGUUCUGUUUUCGCUCGACUGUUUAAUUUCAAUGUAAACGGCAGGGUCUCUCACUAGAGUUUGGAUUAGAGCUGAUGUUUGUCUCUGGAAAUCAUGCAUGAGAGAUGAUGUCACUGUACUGUGAAGAUGGCAAAAAGUGUUGAUUUAUUUUUAAAAUCUUGUAUGAAAUUUAAUUCUUUUGCUUGCAUAGUUUUACAUUUCUGUCUUCCACUUUGCAUUUUGUACAAACGUCUCCCUAAAAACACAUUGACGUGUGUUUCUGAGGCCCAAAACAUACUAUACACGAGAACAUGAACAUAUCUCUUCUAGCUCUGCAUUACAUUUCACUUUUGUGUGCAUGCCAUGCAAGUUUGAGUCGCGAGUUGCUGCAAGCGUCACUCAAGCUGUCUUCUUCAAUGCUCAGUUUUCUCUUCUAGUCAUUGAAUCUUAUCGUUUAUGAUUUUUCAGUCACUUACAGACAUUUAAUUGGAAAUUCUGUCGCCCUCUUCAGACCUACAGUGUUCUUGCCCCUGCAUCCCUGGCAGUGUACGAUGCGUAGCGUGUGUUUCUUUAUUCUUUAAUGAGAUGCUGAAACGGAGGUAGAUCAGUAAAAUGAUUUUACUGAUUUUGUUUCUCAUUUGCACAUCUGAGUUGUUUGUAAAGGACUCUCAAUGCACAUUCAUUUGCAUGAUUGCAUCUAAAUUUAUGUAGUAUACUUUAGCGUCCUUAUUCCAAAACUCUUGCUGCGAUCGAAUCAUUCUUACUGGAUCCACAACUGGGCAAAUCAGUCACAAAGUCAUUGAUUUCUCAGACUUAAAAAAAAACAUGAUAUUUUAAGCCUUUUGAUGAUAUAUGAAAUAUAUAUAUAUAUUCACCUCUAAUAUUUAUGUAUUUGUUCUGAAACUCUUUUUAGUACCGUCUUUUCAACCAAGCAAUUCUUGUUGCCAGAAGAAGCUUUAGUUUAAAUAAUCGAGGCAUGUUUUUCACUAAAUGAACACAAGAAUGAUGUUUAAUACAUCAAGUGAACAAUGCAUAGCAAUACUGACCUAUAUAUAUUUGUACGGAAACAUGUUGAAGCAUGUUAAAUGGCUUCAGUGAUUGUUUUGAAUCGAUUUAUUGUAACGAACCAUUCAAAAGUGAUGCUGACGUGGUCUUUAUGAAACUCUGAGCAAACAUAAAGCACCAAAAGCAUUUAAACCAUUGUAAUAUUUACUUACUUUAUUUAUAUUGCCGAUAUAAUUUUGCAGUGAAUGUUCUGUAUACUGCCCAGCCUUAUCUCAGAGAUUUCCAUUUAGAUGAAACUGAAAUUCUGUUUCGGUUCUUCUGACGUUCAGAGGACCUUCAUGCCUUUUCUUGUGCUGUAGCAUUUCCUCAUUCACAAUCCUAAUAAAGUGUCUGAACUGCUUUACCGAUGUCAGCAGGAUUUUGGUUAGCUUGGGUAGUUAAUCACAUCCUCUAGUUGUGUCAGAGCUUGAUUCGGUUCAUUGAUGUCUGUCAUGCUGUAAGGAAUCAUCUCUGAGUCUGAUUUUAGGGUGAACGGUUCGUUUAAGUCAAGUAACGAAGCCUCCCUUCAGAGGAGAUCUUAAUGAGCUCUUUGAAGUUCUCCGGGAGAUCUGUGAUUUCAACCACUGACGCUGGGAUUGAGAAGAUCCCUCAGAUCAGAGCGGCUUCAUGUUCAAAGCACCGAAGUAGUUCAUCAUGGAAAAUAACAGCAAAAUCAAACAAUUAGAUUCAUUACUACUAAAUUAUCAUUGUCUAAUUGUUCAUAAUAUCAUGAACAAGUUUUGGAAAAACCUUAACAGGCUUGUUUUUAAACAAUUAGUUUAUGCACUGAUUAACAUGAACUGACUAUAAACAAUGUAUUGUUAACAGUACAGUUAUUUACCGGUUUAUUUAUGUUAGUUGCUUUUAACCGAUGUUAACUGAUACAAAAAAAAAAGUAUGACUAAAACAUUACUAAGAUUAAUAAAUGCUGUUUAUUGUUAGUCCAUGUAAAGUGAUGUAGUUAAUAUGAAAGUGUAAAUAUUAUUAUUAUUAUUUUUUUUACCAUUAAAAAACCUUUCUGUUCUAAA